UCUGCCAUGACAAUCUUCACACCGCUAGGGCGUAGCGCCCCUGCCCAUGGCUCACGCAUCAGAGAGUUGGCCAGCUGAGAUUCGAUAUGUAUCUCGGAUCAUAUACGGUUCAGAGGGAAUAUAUUUCCGACCCCUUUUGAAACUUGCAGUAAAUUCAAAGUAUAAAGAACCACGCGUCCGAAAAAAAAGAAUUCUCCACUCUCUUUUUGAAUAAUGGAAACUCAUACUCCGUUGGCAGCGGCGUUGCUGAUGACUGGAUGCAGGCAAGCACGCCCUAUUGACUCCUACGAGAAACCAUUCUUUGAGUUCACGGACUCCAGUAUCGCGAGCCAAGGCUCCUUAAAUCACUCCGGCAUGAAUUAUUCCACAUCUCCAUUAAGCUAUGAUAACAACCAUCACCCUCUAAAUUUGUUGGAGAAUCAAUGUCACAAUUCUGUUUGCCUGUCGGAUCACCAUUCACAUCAUUACAGUGGUGUUACGCAUGUUUCGUUGCCAGAUGAAACGUCUCUCUUCGUUGCAAACUAUCUCUGCCAGUUGCGCCUGACAUUUGGGACGGACAUGACUCUGGACCAAGCGAUUCGAGUAUGUGGUGGACAAUGUGACACUCCAGACGCAAAGCCUACACACGGCCAGGCGGGGAGAGAUGUUUUUGUUUCGAACCUCAGUUCACCUUCGAUGAGCUACACAGGUGCCCAAUCUAACAGAUCGGCGACUCGUCAGUCUACACCCAACGAGAGGGCUUAUUUCAGGUCUAGUGCUGUCACACAGACUAAUCACGAGAUAUUCCGAGACGGUGGCAGAUUAAAGGUCAGGUGUCAUGAAGGCCCUUGCAGCGGCAAUGUAUUAAUGAAGGACAAUUAUGCCCGACACGUGCGUGAGCACCAUCUUGGUGGGAAGAGGAAGGCAGGAGGGAGCUCUAUACGGCGUGUCAAUCCCGGAAUGAAAUGAUGGGCACCCUGCACCACUAUGGCUGCAGCACGGAAGAUUGGCUGAUGUGGAACCAAGACACGGCCAUGUCAGGCUCUUGAAGGGCAUGCUGCAUUUAUUUUAUUUAACAAGGUGUCUCUCCUGUGGAUGUGAUAUAUGAUACCAUCAAUUUACGCUAUGCUUUGCAC